AACAAAACAACUUCAAACAGCUCUCAGGCCAACUUCCUAAGACCGGCAUCUUCUUCGUCAUUCCAGUCCAAAGUCCCAAAGUCGCGGUUCCACCCUUGCCGCGCCACUUCUUCUCUCAGUCUCUUGGGGAAAAAGAAGAGCUUACUGUUACAUUAUCACGUCGUUCCUACUGAUUGCUUCGAAUUCUUCUUAUUAUCAUCACCAUCAAUGUUGUUUUAUCAUCAAAUCAAUUGGUUUGUAUAGCUCCCUAGCUUCUCCUCCCCUCACAUCCGUCGAUAGCUUCCAUCAUGUCUGGAACCGUCGCAUGGGUUCCGUCGCCUAAUUCAAGAUCUGUGAGCGGUGAUAAGGAGUCGCGCGGUACUAAGCGCAAAGCGAAGGCAAACCCGUACGAUGAAAUAGAAGAAGACGAACCGAUCCAGAAGACACCCUUAACGCAUCGCAACAGAACGCGCAUCUCUUCCGAAACGCCUAGUUCCAAUAGUAAGGGACGACCGACGUCAGUAGCAAACAGCAGCAAGCGCCGUAGUCGUUCGUUGGGAGUGCGAAAAGAUGAUCAUGUUGAUGCAACCGCGAAUCUUGCUCGCGCACAAGAACCCGAAGCCGCACGAUUACAACCACAACCUCAGGAAGAGACCCCUCAGAACCCGCUCGUCCCAGAAGCCGAUAUGGGUGUUCCUGACUUUUCCAAAGAAGAUAACGCCGCUACGGCCCCCGAUAUCCCUGUCAGCAAUGGCUUCAAGCCAUACAACGAUACCUCCACGAAAUCGAAAGCGAAAGGCAAAGAGAAGGCCACUACGACUGCAACUACGACUACGACUACGACUACAACAAAUUUAGACCAAGCGAACACGAAUCAAGGCGAUCCUGAUCCCCGCGAAGAGCACGAAGUCCAUGCUAUCCUCCAGCAUCGAAUGACCCGAGAUGGUAGCGGUAGAGUCGAACUACUUAUUCACUGGGAAGGGGAAACAGAGGAAGAGGCCACAUGGGAGCUCGAGGAGGAGAUACAAAAAGGUGCCGACGAGAUAUUAUACGCAUAUUGGAAAUCACAAAGUGGUCGCAGCGCAGCACUUUUCUUUAGGCCUAAGGAUCCUCCCCCGGAGACGUAUCACGUUUUCAACAUUCUAAAUCAUAAAAAGAGAAUGCGAGGUGGGUUCGAAUUCGAAGUUCAAUGGGUUGGCCACUCGACCACGCCUGGUGAGACAUCGAUGGAGGCCGAAUCGAAACUGAGGAAAAUCGCGCCAGCUCUUCUGGAUAAGUACUGGGCGAAUAAGGGUGGUCGCGACAAAUUCCUGGCGAAACGUGGCCGCAACAAGCACCUUAGGACCGAAUAGGAGAGUCCUUUUGCCGAAAACGCAUAGCUGGUCUACUUGCCUGCCUACGAAGCUUACAUGUACAUAGCAAUUUUUUGCUCGUUGCCAUGCUCGUUUUUGAAGUCAUCGCUACGGGAGUCUUGCGAAGGUUUUGAUGCUGCAUCAAUCACGGUGUCAGGAAGGAGUUAA